AUAGAGCGCGGCCCGGAACGAGUGCUGUCCAAUCAGCUGAUCGUGGAUGUAAACACACGCAGUAGCAGUGUCUUUUCUCUCUUUCUAAUUACUGAGUGAAUCCUUUAUUUUCUUGUGGCCAUGUAGUAAUGAAGCCUCUCGGUGUAUCACUUACGUCCAUCGUGUACCUGAUUAUUGUGUGUUGUGUUAAAGGAGAUAAUUCAACUAAUAAUGUCAGUUUGGUAGGAGAGAGGAGCCCAAAUGGGUCGGCAAAAACUGAUGACAAUGAUAGGCCUAGACCUUUGCCAAGCCGGAGAGCUAAUGCCAAGUACAAGGAGAGCAAGGACUCGUGUAAUAUCUGUCACGUGGGGUUAAGUUCCAUUGAAGUACUUGAAGAGGAGUACCCUAUGAUUCCCAACAAUACCCAUAAAGUCUUCCCAGUUCCAAGUAGAACCUGCUUCAGGAUUAAAAUCACAAACAUACCAAAUGAUGCAGGCUUCUUAAUUGCUCAAGCUCAUUCACAAACUCGUUACAUAGUUUUAAGCAAUGUGUCGAAUCCCGAGCCAGGUACCUAUACCAAUGGGACUAAUCCUGGAAUUUAUUUAAAGAUGGAGGGACUCAACACAACCCAUAAUGAAGUCUACCUUGCCAAUUGCCAUCAUAAAAACUUAACUGUCUUAUUUAUUGUUCGAAACUAUAGCAGCAGUGAGCCGGUGCCUGGUGCAUUCCCCAUUGCUGUUGCUUCAAGUCCUGCCAUGCCACAGCCAUACCUUGUUGUAGCUCCUAAUAUUCUCACAACUGAAGUUAGUUUUAGGGCUGCUGCUUACCCAGGCUUUAAUUUAUCUGCCGAUGAUAUUGACCUACAUUAUGAAACUUACUUAACUUAUAUGUAUGAAAAGGACUUGGAUCAAGAUAGCUACUGGAAUACUCUGAUAGCAACAAGCACAUUGGAAGGAAUUAGAACUAAAGGAAAGCUUGUGUCAGUAUCCAAGACUAACAAUACAUCAUCUCAGUUGGAAAGAUGGUUUGUUUCAUAUUCUGGUGUUGGUGCUGUGAUUGGUGUAAUAGUCAACUAUAAUAGCACUGGUGGCGUUUUGUAUUCACCAACAGUCUCAUAUGGAUGCAAUUUCAUUGAUGCUGAACAGUACAGAUGUACAAAGCUUGUAAACCCACUUGCAAAGUUAUUCUGUGCUUCAUUACUCUUUAUUGGAGGUGUACUUUUGUUCUUUGGACAUCGCUGGCUGAAUUUUACCAUGUUUACAUCAGGAUUCUUGUUCUUCUGGUUUAUUUUUUUCUUACUGUUUGCCCAAGUUCAAAAUGCUUCCAUUGAUGGUUUGGGUUGGGGUACUAUGCUUGGAGCAGUGCUUGGUGGCAUUGGUUGGUUGAUGUUUUGGCACAGAUUUCAGCGUCCAUUCCACUCAGCUCUUCUAAUAAUCAUCAUGAAUGUAAUAUUUGUGGGCAUGGUUAUCACUUACUUUUUAAGAUAUGCUGUUGACCCCAAUACAAACAUGGCUGCCUUUGUAGUAUUUCCUGUCAUUUUUGCUGUUGCCAUCAUAGCGUAUUCGAUUGCAGAUAUCAAGAAAGUUCAUAUAUUCUCUUGUACUUUACUGGGGUCAUAUGCAUUUGUGGUCCCAUUUGCAUUCUACUUUGGGUCGUCGUUGACUUACAUUGUGAUAAACGUGAUAGGUGUCAUAACAGUGCAACAUUAUUCAGAGACCAUUGGAUACCCUCCUUUUCAAGUCUGUGAUAUUAUAUUACUGUGCCUAUGGAUUUUUCUGUUCGGGGCAGGAAUGACAUACCAGUUGUAUAGAGAUCGCUCUGGCCCUCCCUUUUACCCUCCGAAUCGGGCCUCAUGGAUUGCUACAAAAAAAGCAUUCAAUUUUGUGUUUGAUAAGAUAUUCUCUUGUUUACCUAUGGAUCCUGAUCCAGGUGGUGUAGGUAUAGAAGACCACCCAACUUGGAAAUUAAGGUUAAGUUAUUCAUUUAGACUGUUAUGGAAACGCAUCACCUGCUUGGAGCACAACCCUGCUGAGUCUGGCUAUGAAAGUUUACGCCAUGCAAGGACCUUGACUCAAGAUGCCAAUGAUGAUGAACCAGAACCUAGUGACUCCAGAUGGAAUAUUGUAAGGCAGAGAAUGAGUGGCUGGUAUGAGAAAAUGAGAGGUGGAAGGGGGAAAGAUGAGGAAUUGCUUCAGGCACAAGACAUUCCCGAGCCGACAGCUGAUGAAGAGAUGCUGCAGGAUCCCCCAGUAUCUUGUUGUGCUUUUGGGAAAUCACAGGUUGUUCUUGAUGAUGCUUACAAUGGUCACACUCAGGAAGAUACAUAGAAAAGUGCAGUCGAAUUUAUGUAAAUUGUUCAUAUAAAUUAUCAUAUAGUGUGUCUUUAUUGCAGGAAUAUACUUUACUUCUCAUUCAUUGCAUCUCCACAAUGCAGUGAAGAAUACUCUGCAAUUUUGUCUCAAAUUGUUAUUGUGUUUUCAGUUAUUGUGAAAAUGGGUACAUUAAAGCAUAUGUUUAAAGAUAUUUAUUGAAUGAUACUUGACACAGAUUAAUCCCUUGUCAAAAAUAUAUUUGAAUAUAUUUUUAAUUAAAGCAGAUGGGAAAUUUAUUAAUACAGGCAGUCCCCAGUUAUCGGCAGGGGUUCCAUUCCCGGGGGUGUGCCGAUAAGUGAAAAUUGCCAUUAACCGAAACUCAGUGAUUUAUGGUGUCAUAAUGGGGCUUAUGGCGCCAGUAACCGGUUAUUGACACCAUAAGCACACUUAUGGCUCACCAUAAGAACCCUUAUGGCGCCGAUAACCAGAACUCGUCCCAUUAUGGCGCCAUAAAUUGCCGAUUUUAUGGCGCUAGACAAGCCCCAUAAAACUGGAUCGCUGAUAACCAAGUCCACCGAUAACUGGGGACUUCCUGUAUAUUAUGUAGAAAUUUUAUUGUGUUUUUCAAAGGAUUAAUUUACUUUAGUGCUGAUCUCUUGUUAUAUUUAGUUUUGCUGGAUAUCAUUAAUCUUACUGUGUUUAUGAGAUUAAGAUGUCUUGAAAGCGAAAAUGUGAGAUAUUUGAUAAAUAUGCAGUUGGUGUGGCAAGCAUGUUCUGUUAAGUUAGUAUGGUAGUUUGUUGAAAGAGAGACCAUUGAAGAGAUUCACUAUUUCCCAGGAGCAAUGCUUUUGCAAGACAAAUAAUAAAGGUAAGUGCUAGUGUAAAAAUUACUAAAAAUGUAUAUAAUACUAUUAUAUAUGCCCUGUAUUUUUCAUUUUGCUGUUCACACACAUUUUUUAUUUUAGCCCUCUCUUGCCAUAUUUUAGUGCUAAACCAUGUUAAACCAUUACAUGUUGACUGUCUGAAAUCCAAUGUAUCAUUAUCUGUUUACAGGCAGUCCCCGGUUACGACAGGAGUUCUGUUCUUGAGACGCGUCGUAAGCCGAAAAUCGUCGUAA